UCCCAGUCCAUUAUCAAAAAGUUUCAGAUAACAGUCAUUCACAAAAGCCCUAUCAGACGUACGCUGUACCUACAGACCACAGACAGAGGGAAUUCUGGGGGGGACGCAGCGAGGAGGGGCGAAAACUGUGUGUGAGAAUGGAGGAAGGGACUACGAAUGACAGACAGGAUUAGGGAGGAGUGAGAAAUGCGGAGAGAAACAGAACAACUAUGACCUUACCAGAGAUCACAUCAGGAGAAACCAAACCAGGAACCGGAUCAUUUUGACAUUCACCUAUGGACUAUUUCAACAGUUUUCCCUGGAAAUACAAGAGGAAUACAACUACAAUGAUUACAUUUCCCUUUUGGGAUUAAUAAGGUUCCUAUCUGUCUAAUGAGAAGUUCACAGACUUUUAUUUUCACCAAAUUCAGGUUCUCUAGUGAAUGACAGAAUCAAAUUUGGAGAUCUUUUGGGAGGGCAUCCAUGCACAUUUCAUAAGCAGCAUGUCCCAUGAGGAAUACCAUGAGAUGGACAGUGAGUAACGGUGUGUCUGGAUGCUGGACGGGGUGUGUUGUCUAUCUUCUGGCUGUUUUCGUGAUCCUCUCGUCCAGUGUCAACUGUCAUCGCGGCUCAUGGCGGGCGCACCGGGUCGCCAACUCCACCACCUCUGGGAGGCACGCGCGCAGCUACGUUCACCUGCAGGGCGACGUACGCCAGAGGAAACUUUACUCCUUCCAGAAGUUCUUCCUUAGGAUUGGGAAAGACGGGAGAGUCAACGGCACCAAGAGCAAAGACGAUCCUUACAAUAUUCUGGAAAUCACUUCUGUGGAUGUUGGGAUUGUCGCCAUCCGAGGUCUGGGCAGUAACCUCUACCUGGCUAUCAGUAAGAAGGGAGAGUUGUAUGGGUCGAGAAACUACGGCAUAAACUGCCGUCUGAAGGAGCGAAUCGAGGAGAACGGGUAUAACACGUAUGCAUCUGCUGAAUGGAGGAACAAGAAACGUCAAAUGUUCGUGGGCCUGAACGCUCAUGGACGACCUCUCCGCGGGAGAAAAACUCGCAGGAGAAACACAGCCACACACUUCUUACCCAUAGUGGUGUGACUAUCAAAAUGCCGAUGAGACCGAGGGAGAUGAAAAUGAGAUUGAGAUAAAGACUUUGCCUCCCUGUAGUGUCUGUGCUCAUUUAAGAUGUUCAGUGUUUGUUUGCACCUGUACUCUUCGGCUGCUGGCACUAGACACUAUAUUCUCAUACAACUUAGUAUUGAGUGGUAGACAUGCGAGCAGAGCUGGUGAAUGAAGUGGAUUUUCAUUCCUUUGUCAAGCAAGCCGAUCAUCUAAAGUUAUGGAUUAUAUGUGGAGGAAUUUUCUUCAAGCUCUUAAAAAUACGAUCACAUUUCUUAAAAGGUCUGUUUACUUUUAUUUUUAAUGGACUGAACAGAGAACUGGGAAUAAACAGUAUGGAAAUAUAUAUAUAUAUACAUAUGAGAAUUUGUUUGUUGUUU